CAAACAGAGUAACUCAACAUUUUCUUGGUUGACUUUUCACAUUUGCGAUGGGAAAGAUCCAACACGGAUCCCAUGAAUGCGAGUUAACCUCACCCAAGAUCAUCUCAAAUGGGAUCUGCAACAUCUGCUUCAAAGAUGAACCUGUUGAAUCCUCCUGCGACCCUUGUAACUUUGAUCUCUGCAAACCUUGCUCGGACCUUCCCCUCAAGAUGUCACACCAUCUUCAUCCUGAGCACCCUCUCGAGUUUCGUAUCGGCGAAGCUGACCGGAACACCAAAUACAUGGUCUGCGUCGGGUGCGGAAACAUGUCUUCCGGAACAUACUACUACGAGUGUAGCAAGUGUGAGAUCUAUCUUGAUUUGACUUGUGCACUUCAGAAGAGCAUAACAAAAGGUUGGGAAGCCAAAGAGCUGCUCCAUUACAGCCAUGAACACUUGCUUAAAAGAUGUCGGCCAGGACCAGACUCCAAAGGCUCUUGUCUUCUCUGUGAGCAACCUCUCUCUUUCACUGCAAUAUGUUACGGUUGUGUCCACUGUUACAUGUUCUUCCACGAGCGUUGUCUUAAUCUACCUACAGAGAUCAAACAUCCUAUGCAUCCUAUCCACAGUCUCAAAAGACUUGACUACAUACAAACUUUUGACGGUAGCAAAUCUUGUAAAGCAUGCCAUGGCAAAUUUGUUGGUGUCCCAUUUGGUUGCAUUGAAUGUGAGUUUUACCUUCAUCUGAGAUGUGCAGAUGCCUUGCUGCGAGGUUUGUUGUAUAAGUCUCAUGAACACAGGCUGGUUUAUGCAGAGAGUUCUCGUCGUGUCGUUGAUGAUAGAAUAAAAUGUCCAUGUCUGAUAUGCGGAGAAACUGUGAUUUAUAACAGAUUCUAUUAUGUUUGCGUCGUAUGUGAUUUGAGGUCUCACACCGAGUGUAUUGAGGUACCUGAAUACGUGGUCAAGAAGUCAUAUCACAUCCAUCAACUUAAAUAUAAAAGAGUCGGAGCCGAGGAAGAUUUUUUCGAGUAUUGUGGUGUUUGUGAGACGAUGAUGGUUUCAGGACAUCCUGCAUAUUCUUGUGAAGAAUGUGAUUUUCUUGGUCACACUGAAUGCAUUCUACGUGAGGAAGAGCCUUCUCCAUUGUGCUUGAAAGAUUUGUACUCUUGCAGCAAAAGUAACCAAAAUCUCAAAGAAGACCUUGAAACCAGUGAAUUUGAAGAUAGGUUACUGGUUAGUAGCUUCAGUCAUGUUCAUGUGAUGAGACUAGCUCACAUGAGUGAGCUUGAGGAAGAAGGAAACUGCAACAUGUGUGGUACGAAGAUACAUGAUAAUCCUUGCAAAUGUGAGACAUGUAGCUUCCAAUCACAUGAUUUCUGUGCAGAGCUUGGACGACCAUCAAAGCAUCAAUUUCAUUUGAACCAUUCUUUGACCCUUCUACCAAACUCCCCUAGAUGGAGGCAAAGAAAGUGUGACUCCUGCAAAAAGGAUGUAGAAGGGUUCAAUCUCUUCUGUCGUACAUGCAACUAUAUCAUCGACAUCAGUUGUGUUUUGAAAGAUAAGAAGAUGCAUGGUGCGUUACACAGGGGUCAGAAAAUCAUUGGAACAUUGGUAGGACUUUGCAUACUAGAAAAACACAGCUUGUUUGAACUUAUCGUCUCAAGGUCAUAUCCUAUUGCUUGUUCUAUUUGUGAAGAGAAGCUGUGUGGAAAAGCUUUGUCAUGUGUGUCGUGUAAAGAUAUAUAUCAUCCUCUGUGUAUCCAAGUUGGGAGGCAAGUACUAGUUGGUCAUCCACUUCAUUCUGAUCACAUGCUAGCAAUAACUUCACUUGAAACUGAGUCCAAGUGCACUGCCUGCCAAAUGAAUAUUACAACAAAGUAUGUCUACCAUUGUUCCAUUUGCAAAAUCAAUUUCCAUAUUGGUUGCAUCAAAGCAGUGAUCAUAGCACCAAGAAAGGUCAAGUCUCAUAGCCACUAUCUCUAUAACUUUUGGAACAAUGAUUUGAGGGUGACUCGAGCUUGCAGUGUGUGCACUAGACCAUGUGGUGUGUCGUUCUAUGGAUGUAUUGACGACUGUAAGUUCAGUGCUCACGUAGAGUGUAUUGGAUUUCCAUCUAAUGUGAAGAACCAACAACAUCAGCAUACUCUUACACAAGGAUACACUUCUCACAGAGUAAAAUGGUCUGUCCGUGAUUCAUACAUGGAUGAUAUAUUUUACUCAUGCUACCACUGCGACGAAGGAUUUGACACUAAGGAUAUAAUUUCUAAGGACGACCGUGAGGAAGCAACGGAAGAAGAACAAGUUGAAGACAUCUAUCUUAUGUACCUUGAGCGUGAUCUCCUUGACCUUUUUAGUUAGUUAUGAUGAGUCUUUGUGAAGUAAUGUUCUGCUUUCCUCUCUGAAAUGCAUCUUCAGUGAGUUAUGUUUAUGAUC